AACCACCAGGAUCUGUCAUCUAUUAUUCUGAGCGAUCAUCUCCCAAGAUGGACAGUGACGCUAAGUCCCAAAAGCUGUCGAUUGAUGGGAGUGCUGCAGAGAGCGCAGCAACUUCCGACAAUUUUCAAUGCCAGUGCUUUGCAGGUUGAUGCAGAGCUCAUCCAUGCGUACCAAGCAGCUGCCCCGGGUUCUCAAGCCUUCCACACAAGGCUCAUCGAGCUUGUCGUUGUGGCUGUGCACCAGCUUGCCGUCUGCCUAUUCAAGUCGACAGACUCCAACCUGCACAGAGACGAUGAUCUUGGCACAUGGCGGCCAUCUGAAGACCUUAGGAACUUUUACCCCAAGGGUCCACUCCGAACUCUCUUCCGACACACCUGGUACCACGAUUAUGACCAGUAUCCCGAAGGUGUUGCUGAUGGAGUUGGGUACUGGGUUGAGACGCGCAUCUUUGGCGGUGUCGUCCUGUUCGACAGACGCCAGCCAGGAUCCGCCCCUGAUGUUGCGCCUGAUGCUGUAUACAUUCAUCCCGACCUGCGAAAUGUGACCUAUCGUAUCUGCCGACUCCUCGAGGACCAGAAGCAACAGCUUGUGCAAUUCCUGGUCUCUGAUGCAACGCCGCCACCAACCUGCCCACUUCCCUUCCGCGGCGACCGUAACAACCGUCAACGUGUUGACCCAGAGGAGCCCAUCGAGACCAGUGGCAUCUAUCGCGAUAAGUGGGAGCGUCGGCCGCCAUCAGCAGAUGACGGCGAUAUGCGCCGGAAAGACGUGGUAGACACCUUUAACUACAUCUCGGAGGAGGACUGGACUGCAGCACGACUCCGUGGUUUCGAGCAAAAGCGUAAAUUUCUGAGAGAGCCGGAAUAAAAGCUCCCUGUCCAUGCAAUUUCAUAGCUACCCCAUUUCCCCAAAAUUCAGUCUCUAAUUAGUUGCUUUGCUGAGAAAACCAAUCAUCCACAUCCUUCUUGAAGUCCGGCUUGUAAAGCCAGCCAAGUUCGAACGCCUCCCUCGCAGA